AGAAGAAGAAGAAGUGUGUGUGUGUGCGAUUGAUUUGUGACGGAAAGCACAACACACCAAUCGCCAACAUGGGAAAGAGCUCCAGAUCCAGCGCAAUCAAGAAGAACAACCAGGUGCUGAAGAGGAAAGUCUUUGGGCCGGUAGAGACCGCUCGCAUUGAACGACAAAAUGCAAAGCUGCUCGAACUGGCCAAGGCGCCGAAAGAAUUGGUGAUGGAGGACAAGCCUGAGCAACCCGAAGACGCCGACAAGGAAGCCACCUCCACCACUACCACCACCACGACGACGAAGGACAACGAAAUGGAGCUCGACGACGCCAAGCCCCGAAAAAGCAAACGCGAAGUCGCACGGCUGCAAGAGGCGAGGAAAGCGCGACAGAUUUCGAAAUUGAGAGGUUCGCGCUCGCGACCGCGAAAUCAGAAAGAGUUUCCUGCUCAUAAGUUGAAAAAGAAGGCGGGAAAACGAUGAAAAGAGAAGAGAGAGAAACAACAAGCGAAUGAUAAGGUCAGCAGUGUUUGAAAGAUGUGGACACCGCCAUAAAAGAAAAAGGGAAAAAGCGGUGUUUUUUCUCUGAUGUCAGGAAUCGGGCGCUUUCUGUGUGUGUGUGCAUUCGAUACCCCCUUCCCAAAUGUCAGCUCGGGAUGAGUUUCAAAUGGGUACUACGCACGAGAAUCAGAAAUUGCCCUCUCGCCCGGGGGGGGGGAAGAUAGGGUGGGGGAGAUCUCUGAGAGAGAGCACAUCCAUCACCUUCCUGAGAUGUGCGUGUGUGCGUAUUUUGCUUGCACGCAUGCGUACUUGCUGUCAACGAAGUACAGACAGCCAGCCAAUACUAGCAGCAGCAGUAGCAGCAGGAGAAUAAUGUAGGCAAUGCAAUGGCAAGGCAGAGCGAAAAGAAAAGAAAAGAAAAAGACGAAGCGAGACAGAUCAUUCUCCCCACCUCCUCACCUCACCUCACCUCACAGAAUGGGACGAAAGAAGGCAAAGC